ACUCUCACACACACACACGCCUAGCUCGUGCCAAGCCUUGCCUUCACACACACACCUCCCAUCUCCCAGACACGCUCGAGACGCUACACACGCGUGAAACCUCGUCUUUCCAGUUUCACGCCGCACGCUCCUCCACGCGCCUUCUCCCUCUCCUUCUCACCCCCCGGAUCCGCCCCUUUUCACCCCGCCGGAGAGAUCCACCGUCUUUCUUAUCCUCUCCCGUGUUUUCGACUUUGUAGAUGAAAAUGCUGAUAUUUUGCUGCAUCGUCCAGUAGACGUAAGUACACGUGGAGUAAUCACCAAAAAAAGGCAAAUAACCAUUCUUGAGCAGCAAGGUUUUUUGAAGUAAUGGUAACAGACAUGCAGAAGCUGCUUGGAGCUAGUGAAGAGGACGAUGAGGAAGAGAUGGAUGCGGAUGUGAAGGAAGAAGAUGACGGACACCGACGACAGAACAGAGGAGCAGCUUCAGGGAGUAGUAACGACGAGUUCAUGUUUCAGCAGUCGUCGAUGCAAGAUCAACAAGUGGACACUCCUGGAGGAAGUCGAAGAAGUAGGCCGGUCGAAGAGAAGGAAAGGACUAAGUUGAGAGAGAGGCAUCGAAGAGCUAUCACUGCGAGGAUCCUUGGCGGGUUAAGAAGGCAUGGGAACUAUAAUCUGAGGGUUAGAGCUGAUAUCAACGAUGUUAUUUCCGCUUUAGCUAGAGAAGCUGGGUGGGUUGUUCUUCCUGAUGGAACUACUUUUCCAUCUAAAUCUCAGGGGACAAAGCCUGCGGUUGUUGCUGGUUCAUCAGGUUCACACAUGGCACCACAGCAAUCUUCACCUCCUGCGCUUAGAGUAGUAUCAUCAUCUGGGCUUAGAAGCCCAACAACGGAGCUCAAUUCUUGCCGUAUGAAAGGUGUUUUCGCACCUACUCCAUCGCCAUAUGAUCUUCCCCAGACUCAAUGUUCAGAACUGGUUGGCAGUGUAAAUAAGGCGGAUGGGCUUGUUGGCUGUUCAGUCGAUGUUAUCAACUCUAAACAGAUUCUCGAGAUUCCUCCAAAUAUGACGGAACAAGAUUUCUCUGGUACUCCUUAUGUUCCGGUUUAUGUGAUGUUACCACUAGGUGUAAUCAACAUGAAGUGUGAAUUGGCUGAUAGAGACGGACUGCUAAAGCACUUACGGAUAUUGAAGUCAAUCCAGGUAGAUGGGGUUAAAGUGGAUUGCUGGUGGGGAAUAGCUGAGUGUCAUUCACCUCAGGAGUAUAAUUGGAAUGGUUAUAGGCAGCUUUUUCAGAUAGUCCGUGAUCUUAAUCUUAAGAUACAGGUUCUGAUGUGCUUUCAUGAAUGUGGGGGUAAUGUUGGUGAUGAUGUUUGCAUUCCACUUCCUCAUUGGGUGGCAGAGAUCGGGAGAACCAAUCCUGAUAUAUACUUCACUGAUAGAGAGGGAAGACGAAACCCUGAGUGUCUUUCUUGGGGUAUUGACAAGGAACGUGUUUUAAGAGGCAGAACUGCACUUGAGGUGUACUUUGAUUACUUGAGAAGUUUCCGUAUAGAACUUGGCGAGUUUGUAGAGGAAGGAGUAAUAUCUGUGGUUGAAAUUGGACUAGGCCCUUGUGGAGAGCUAAGGUAUCCUUCUUGUCCCAUAAAGCAUGGGUGGCGAUAUCCUGGUGUUGGAGAGUUUCAGUGUUAUGACAAGUAUCUCCUCAAGAGCCUGAGAAGAGCAGCUGAAUCAAGAGGGCACCCGUUUUGGGGUCGGGCCCCAGAAAACGCUGGCUCGUACAAUUCCCAACCGCAGGGAACCGGUUUCUUCUGUGAUGGAGGUGACUAUGAUGGUCUCUACGGGAGAUUCUUUCUCAAAUGGUAUUCACAGGUUCUGAUAGAUCACGCUGACAGAGUCCUCUCUCUCGCUAAACUAGUCUUCUUUGACAGUACCUGCAUCGCCGCAAAGGUCCCAGACGUCCACUGGUGGUACAGAACAGCAAGCCAUGCAGCUGAGCUAACCGCUGGGUUCUACAACCCGAGCAACAGAGAUGGUUACGCUGAAAUUGCGUCUACACUGAAGAAGCAUGGUGCCACUUUGAGCUUUGUAUCAGGAGAAGUCCAAGUUCUGAACCGUCCUGAUGAUUUCUCAGGAGCAUUAGGAGAACCUGAGGCAGUUGCUUGGCAGGUGUUGAACGCUGCGUGGGACACAGAUACGCCGAUAGCUAGAGAGAACUCGCUUCCUUGCCAUGAUAGAGUUGGGUAUAACAAAGUGUUAGAGAGUGUUAAGUUUCCCAACGAUCCAGAUAGAAGGCAUUUGUCAUCAUUUGCCUACAGUAGGCUCGUCCCAGCUCUUUUGGAAGGACAUAACCUUGUCGAGUUCGACCAGUUUGUCAAGAAACUGCACGGGGAAGCUGUAACGGAUCAUCAUCAUCAUCAUCAACAGGUCUAGAGUGUUAGUUUGUCUCAUUAUAAAGAAAAAAAAAAGAUGUGGUAAAAUUAUUCACUGUCAAUGAAGUUGUUAAUUCUAGUAGUUUAGCAUAUAUUUUAUGUAAAUUUUUAUCAUUUAAGAAUUAAGAGAAAGAGACAUACAUUACCGGAA